AUGACUAGGUAUCAACACCCAGCGUCAAAAGCGACGGGCUACUUUUGCAGCACUUGUGGCUGCCAGAUUGGAGGAGUUUCUAGCCAAUGGACAGUCUCUACCGCAAUCUUCGACGCCAAUAGAGAAGACAAAGGGAUUUGGAAGUUCAACGCCCAUAUGCUUCCCGACUCCGCACCGGACGGAGGACUAGCAGCUGUCUUUUCGGUCGUUGACGGACAUCAAUUGCAGACCGAAAAUUUAGGUCUAUCUCCGCAGGAAAUAGCUGGCAGCGAUUCUCAGCCACCCGAUCCCGAAAGUAAGGAGCUCCUCGCGCAGUGUCAUUGCGGCGGAGUCUCUUUCACCAUCGCCCGACCCAGCCAGGAAUUCAUCGCAAGCCCUUCAAGCAAAGGAUGGAUUUCACCCUUGGACAAAAGCAAGUGGCUUUCAAGCAUGGAUCUCUGCGACGACUGUCGAUUAGUUAGUGGCUCGCAUGUCAUCAGUUGGAUGUUUGUAUCACUCGAUCAUAUCACGCCGCGUCUGCCAAAGGACCUAUUGAUCGGGUCAGCGAAGGGCUAUCGCUCCACGAAAGAUGUACUCCGGGUAUUCUGCGGCACUUGUGGUGCAACGGUCUUCUAUCAUUGCGAUGGGCGACCCGAGAUUAUAGAUGUGGCAAUGGGCAUCCUGCGCGCACCUGAAGGUGCUAUGGCUGAGAACUGGAGCGUGUGGAGAGCUGGACGACCAUCGUGGCCGGAGAGCGGAUUGCGAUAUCAUGCUGGCUUUAGUCGUGCGCUGAUCGAGGGGAUGCAACGAUGGGGGGCUGAACGGGGUCAUCCGCAGGAUUUCGAGCUGGCAUAG